UACAUAAAUUAUAAUAUAAUAUAAUAUAAUAACUAGGUGUACGUAUAUUAUAAUAUAUUUAAGUAUUUAUUAUACUUUGAUGUUUUCAUACGAAAAAGAAGUACAGUAGUACAAUACACCAACCAUUAUAUUUCGUCAUUGUCAAUUUCGGUCCGAAUUGUCGUCGCAGUACAUUGCCAAAGUCGAACGAACGGCCGAGACGGAGACGCACUCACGGGUCCAGAUCAAGAGCUGUGCGUGGGCGUCGAGGAUUAUAGCAAUAAUAUAAUACAAAUAAAUACAUAUAAUUAUAUAUAUAUAUAUAGGUGUGUAUAUAUAUAUAUAUAUAUAUUAUAUAUAGAUUAUAGUAUAAUAGCAAUUGAGGUUCUGUGCCAAAAAAAAACCUGUACGUCACAAACUGCCUUACAUGUGCCGCUGCCGCUCACAAUGUCGUGGUUCAAUUUUUGCACAGAGAACCUGCAAAAGAGGUGCUGUCGGUACCUCCUGCAGAGGUACGUUGGACGGUUCCUCGAACACAAGAUCGAGUCCGACCAACUGUCCAUAAAUGUGUUGGAUGGAGCUGUGUCUAUUGAAGACAUUGUACUUGAUGUCCAGGCACUGAACGAUGUAGGAGACGAGCAUCAGCUACCAUUUGAAUUUGUCAAAGGUAGUGUGCAAAAAAUAUCUCUUUCAGUACCAUGGAGGAAUAUGCUUAAAGAAUCCAGUGUCAUACACAUUGAAGGGCUCAGUCUGACUGUUAGACCAAACGUAAAAGAAACUGAAGGAAUACCUAGUUCUAUGUUGGAAUCGGUUUGGUCGUCCAUGUCAAACAGUGUAUAUUCUUCGCCAGAUAGUGAUUAUGAAGAAAGUUUUGAUAAUGCACCAGAAUCUGAACAAGUUUCUGGUCUAGAAGUGUUCACUCAGGCCAUAGAAUCUAUAUUGAACAGAAUAAAAGUGAAAUUUUCAAAUACUGUGAUAAAGUUAGAAUAUAUGCCAGAUUUUAUGAAAUUAGGAUUAGGAUUACAACUGCAUAUUAUAAGUUUAGAUUAUAUUGAUGAAGUGGCAGAUGAAUCAAAAGAAGGAAUAUUAUAUGAUAGCUUAGCUUUUUUGACCAAAAAGUUAAUAAUUGAAGGAGUGUUCUUACAGACGUAUGAAUUUAAUUGUCCAAAACCUAAUAAUGAAAAAUCCAAUUCAAGAAUAAACGCGACAGAACCAAUAACUAUCUCUGAACUUACCGGUACUCAAAUUAUCCGAAUGGUACUUAAACAUAAUCCUAGUCUUCCUGGUCCAAAAUUGAGCUUGGAAAUAAACUUUGGACCUCUGAAUGUUAUUUGUUCCCCAAGACAACUGUAUUUAGUCAUAGAAAUCUUGCGUGGCAUAUCUAAGCCUUUAAUAGAACAAAACCUAAGUGCUCCCGUACAAAAACCAAUGAGUGAAUCAGACUUCAAUCGUAUAGAAUUAGAUUUAUUUAAUCAUGUUGAGUCUAGACCUGAUGCCGAUGUUGGUUUGAGAGGAAUGCAAGGAUGGUCAAAUUUGCAAGAUGAUGAAGAAGAAUUUUUCCCAUUACAAGGUGCCAAAAGUAAAACUUUUGCACCCAGUAUGAAUUCAUCAAUGACUUCUAGUAUGAGUAGUGUGGCAAGCAGUAAAUCUGAAUUGUCUUCACGCCAUACUAAGCAUAGAAAUAAAAGUAAAAAUGAAUGGUUAGGCGAAACAAACCAUUUUAAUAUACAAUUAGCUUCACUCUGUGUGGUUUUGCUACACGACGAUAUUCUUGCUGUUUGCCCCGAGACUGAUUCCAUUACACAAUGUUCUCUGAAUGAGAUGCGUAAAAUAUCUCAUCAAUAUCUUAUGGCUGUUCAAAAUGUGGACAUUAUUAAAGAUUGUGAUAAGAUUACUAGGUCUAUAGAAAGAAACCAUUUGAAACUCUUAGCUACAAAUGUGAUAUUGGAAGGUGAUGAAAAAACUAACGAGACUGUAAAAGAUGUUAAUAUAAUUGCCUCAGGAUCUGAUGUAUUAUUAAUGGAAGUUCUUGUUGAAACUAUGGAAGAACCCACUCAAUAUAUUUCGAUUUUAAAAUUUGUCCAAGAUGACAAGUGUUCUCCAAAAAUAUCAAAUGUAUCUAGUCAGCAGCCAGACAUUCAAAUUCAAUUUAAACAUAAUACUAAGUCUACAAGAUAUUGUAAUCCAGUCUCUUCAGAAAUCAAGAUAACUAUGCAACAAGCAUUUUCUGAAGUUGAUAUUUCAAUCAUUAACCGCUUAUCAUCAUAUAUUUACAAUCCAGAUUUUAUGAUUUCUAAAACAAGUACCCUCAAUGUUAGUCAGCCUCAGUUUAAUGAUGUAAUUGAAUCUGUCAAUGAUACUAAUAUAAGUUGCACUUUAAAUUUUAGUUAUCUAUCAAUUAAGUUUCGAUUUCCUGUUCCUGAUUUACGACCACUAAGCGAUAUAAAUCGAUUACCAUGGUGGAAACGUAUAUUAAGAGAUGAUAUUUUAUGGUUGUACUUAUCUGAUGCUGAGGGUUCAUUUACAAAAACAUCACAACAAACUGUUACUACAGGUUAUGAAUUGCAAUGUCGGUCUAUUGAAGCUUUAUUUCAAGAAGGGAACACCAAUAAUAUAAUUCCCAUUGCAAAAUGUAAAGGAAUUGAUGAAGAAUUAAAAUCUAUUGGAAUGGACGCUAAACGUAGACCAAAAUUAAUUUUAAGAUUGUGUCCAGUUGUUAACACUGAAAAUGAAAGAAAUAAUGGCAAUUCAAACGUUGAACAUAACAUGACAAGCAGUGUUUAUGUUGAAUCGUGUAAAAAGCCAUCGCCAUUUGCUUCCAAAAAAAUUAUGAGACAAAGAAAUCAUCAUUCUGACGGUCAAGAACAGGAACGGAAAUUAGGUGAUGGGGAAAUACAAGUAGUUCCAGGUUCUAGAGAAGAAAUAAUGGAAUUUGUUGAGCAUACCAAUGCUAAUGCUAAAGUGUAUUUAGAUAUAAACUUACCAUGUGUAUUUGUCACAUUACCUUCCAAACAUCUAUAUGAAACCAUUUACAACAGAUUUACUAAUGAUUUAUUUUUUUGGUCUCCGUCAUUUCCGACUCCUGCAUCAUCGGGAGGUGAUACUAAUCGGUUAUCAAAUAUAUUGGAUAAGACUCGAUAUUUUGCGCCUUGUAAAUCCGGAAUUCAGUUCGAUUCAGAAAGUGAAUCAGAAGAUGAAACAUCCAAUUAUUUUUAUUCGUGUGGACCAUCUAGUAUGAAUAUUGCUGAUCCUAUUGUUAAAAGAACUGAUUUUUGUCUUAAUUUGAAUGUGUCACAAGGGUUGUUUACUAUUGUCACACAAUCUAGGGACCGUUCUGGGCGAGUUAUACCUCAUCAUUAUGGCGAAUUGCAAAUUGCAUUUGAUGAUCUUUAUUUAUACACAGCAGCUGGUUACGAAAACACACCUAGACAUAAUUUUAUUUGUAUUCAAGCUAAUAAAUUCUGUUUGAGUCAUGAAAAUUUGUCCACAAACGGUACUGACAUUUUGACUCCAACAGAAGUUAUAUGUCGAAAAAAUAAAUCAUUACAACGUGUGUUGUAUAAAAUACCUGAUGGUAUGGAUUUCAAAGAACUAUCCGAUAUUAAUAAGUCUGAUAUGUUGACAGUUGUGGUUGAAAUAUCUGUUUGCAAUCAUAUAAAAACAAUAAGAGUAGCAAAUGAGAUCUAUGGAACCACUUUGAGGCAUAUAUUUAGUAUUGUUGCACAGAGUUGGUAUUAUCAACUAUCCGAUUUCUUUGAUGUUGUGGAUUAUCCUGUCGCUGGAUAUGAAUCGCCUCACGUAAUUACAGAACUACAUCAGCAUAUUAGCGAUUGUAUCAUUGAUUAUAGGCCACUUCAUUUGCCAUACCAGUGUGUACUUACUAUUGGCAAUUUUAGUUUAUCAAGUAAUAUUGUUGCCAGAUCUAAAGCAUCAACUCUUCAAAUUGUAUCUGAGGAUGUAGCUUUCUUUAUUUCUGCUCGCUUGUCUAAAUCAGAAAAUUUAGAUUUAGUAUCUCAUUAUAUUUGUGUAAUGGAUUUGGGUGUUUUUGAACUUUCUUUAAAGCUUAGUAAAAGUUCUAAACAAUCAAAUGAUUUGGUGCAACCUGAAGUCGACUUAAGAAUGGCUGUCAAUGUUAUACACAUUAGAACUUGUGCAGAUUCAGCAUUUGCUUUUUGCCGUGUACUUAGUUAUUUGGCUUCUGAUGGUGAUAAAAGUUCUGUAGAAGAACAAGCAACUGAGUUUGAAGGAGUUGAUCAAGAAGAUCCUGUUUUGUUAGAUCAAGCAGAUUCUGACAAUAAUUCAUUAUCAAGUCUUAUAAUGGAAGCUAUGCAUGAAGAAACUACAGAUUUAAAAAAACCUAAGAACAGCCCAGUAGAUCCGAUUAUAAAACAAAACUCAACAUCAAGUCAAAGUGAUAAAGGAAUUGAAGUAUUUUAUUUUCCGGAUGAAACCAAUAAAAUAGUCUCUCCUUUGGAUAAUGAACCAUCAUUACAGUAUGAAGUAGAAGAUGAUUAUAUUGAUAAAGAAUUUUGCUUCGUUGAACAUGAAGUUGGUUCAGGAUUAAUGCCUCGAAGUAACAUACCAGAAGUGCGUAUGUUAAUAGACACUCAAUUACGUUUGGUUAACAACUAUUUUAAAGCCCCUGUUGGAAAAAUUGAUAUGCUCCAGGCUCCUAAGGAAUAUCCAACACCAGUUGUUAAAUAUACACUACGAGAAAUGACUCUAAUUUGGCAUAUUUAUGGUGGAACUGAUUUUAGUACUAAAACUAUCCAUAAUGAACUGACAAAACAUGUCACUAUAGUAUCAGAAACGAAUUCUUGUCCAACUUCUCCAAAUACACUGAGGCCUUCUCUUUCUCGAUAUUAUUCUCAAACCAAUAUAAACUCACAGAAAAAUCCUACUCCAAAAAAAAAAUCUAAUAUAUCUCAAGCCAGGACUAGAUUUUGCUGUAGUGUUUUACCUACCAGUUGGCAGGCAAAGGGUGGUACCGGGCGACAACACCAUGUAUUGAUGCAACUCCAGUUGACUAAAGUAAGAUUCCAGCAUGAAAUUUACCCAUCCCAUACCAAACAAGCAAUGAGGCAAGUUAUUCUGAUUCAAGACGUAGAAAUUCGCGAUAAACUUGCGUCAUCUAACAUCAAUAAAUUUUUAUAUCUCUACUCAAGUGAAGCAAUGCCUAAACAACAGGAUGCUAAUAUGUUUGUUGCUAAAGCUGCCCAUACGCGUCCUGAUUCCAAUCUAAAAGUUCAAGAAUGUUGCGUAAAGGUUUCUAUGUUACCAUUAAGACUUAACAUUGAUCAAGAUUCAUUGAUAUUCCUGAUCUCAUUUGUAAAUCAAUUCAAUGCACUUGGUCAAAAAACUAAAGAUGAAAUAUUGGCUGAAAAGAAAAUACCCACAAAAUCAGAAGAACCAAUUAUGACAUUAGGAAACACAGUUGAUGGCGAGCAGGAUAUUGCACCUAAUCCAUUGAUUCAGUUAAAUGAUGAAUUUGAUCAGCAUUUUGGACUUAAAGAUAUACCUGUUAUUCCUAAACCAGACACUGGCACUAGUCCAAGUGACAGUAAAGCUCCUGUUUACAUAAGACAAUUUGUGUUUUCUCCAGAUGUUACUAUACGUUUAGAUUAUGAAGGACGACAUAUUGAUUUGAGACAGGGUUCAUUGGCUGGUUUACUAAUGGGAUUAGCACAGCUCAAUUGUUCAGAGAUCACUUUGAAACGCAUUGUUCACAAGCAUGGUUUACUUGGAUUCGAAAAACUAUUGACAUAUGUUACCCAGGAAUGGUUACAAGAUAUAAAAAAACAUCAGCUUCCAUCAUUACUUGGUGGUGUAGGUCCAAUGUAUUCGUUUGUCAGAUUAAUACAAGGCUUCAGAGAUCUAGUGCAACUUCCUAUUGAACAAUACCAAAAGGAUGGAAGAAUAGUCAGGGGCUUGCAACGAGGUGCCAAUUCAUUUACUACAUCUACAGCAAUGGCAGCUCUCGAAAUAGCCACCAGAAUUGUAAAUCUCAUUCAGAGGGUAGCUGAAACUACUUAUGACAUGGUAAACCCAGGACCUAGUAUGCGUCAACUAAGGCUACAAGAAGGUAAGAAAAGAAAUCGUCAUAAUAAAAGAUCACAUCCUGCCGACAUUCGAGAAGGAGUAGCAGCUGCUGUUAUGUUGGUUAAAGAAGGUCUCGGUGAAACUGCACAAACUAUUGUUAGAGUAGCAAGUGAAGAGCACGAAAUCAAGGGCACAGCUGGUAUGGUCGGUGGUGUUAUGCGGCAAAUACCUCCUACUGCCCUUACACCCAUUAUACUCGCCAGUCAAGCAACAUGCAAUGUACUUCAAGGUGUUCGCUGUCAACUGGCACCGGAUGCCCGUGUUGAGGCAAUGCAAAAAUGGAGGUGCGACUAAACAUCGACUACAUAUCAAAGACCAAAUUACUUUUAUUAUAUUUUCAUAUAUUUUUUUAAUUUAAUGAUUCAUUUGUGCAUUUUGUUUCCAACAAUCAAAACUUUUGUCUGACAAUUGAAUAAUAGAAUGUGAUUGUAGUAUAUUUUUGCUAAACCUAAAGCAUGUCUACGUAUUUUAUUUUUGAAAAAAAA